GCGAGUUCCCGGGAAAUCGAAGGUCAUCGCCCCACCCGACGUACAAACUGUUCUAUCGGUGAUUUCGGAACGUUAUGAGUGAUCCUGUUAAGAAAAUAUCUACAAGCUCCAAGAAAAGCCUAAAAACACUUCCGGAAUGCGGUGAAAAUGACGGCAUUGUUGUUACAACAGGUGGCUCAGAAAAGUGCGCAGUACCGUCGAGCACAAAACAUCUUCCCUCGACUACAGCAGGGAAACAAACAAUGCAGUCAACUUCCAGCUCGGACGCUGCUGACGGUGAUGUAGCAUUGAAUAGGCGAUCAUUUCAUGCACAGCUGUCUAGAAGUUUCUUUCAGUCGCGGUCUUCGAGUUCGUCCUCUGUAGAUGGUGGUUCUUCAAGUCCGUCGAAAAGCCGUCUGGGCACGGUUCCUGUGGAGGAUCCUAUCACACACGAGAAUGUUGUAAACAGUAAAGUUUUGUUGUUGUAUACUGGUGGUGCGCUUGGAUGGAAGGUAGAUCCAAACCUAGAAGGAUUCCAUCUUGAUAAGAAAAAUGUACUGAAAGAACUGAAGAAGCUCCCCAUGAUGCAUGAUGUGGAGUAUGUUGACUACAUCCUUAGCAAUGUACUGGAUGAUAUUCCAGAGGAGGGCAUUGGAUCAGACACAAUUGUGAUGCCAGUCAGCAAGUAUGGAAAACGUGUGUUUGUUGAUGUUCUUGAGAUGAAAGAGAGUCAUGUAGUUGUUCAUUCAAAAGAUCAAGACAUUCAAGACUGGAUCAAUAUUGCACUGCAAAUCAAGGAAUGUUAUGAGAAAUAUCAUGGAUUUGUUAUUCUUCAUGGCACAGAUACCAUGGCAUAUCUUGCAUCAGCACUCUCAUUUAUGUUUGAGAACCUUGGAAAGUCAGUGAUCUUCACUGGUUCUCAGUAUGCUUUGAGUGAUCAUCUAAAUGAUGGAAGGCAAAAUCUUCUUGGAGCUCUAAUGAUUGCUGGCCACUAUGUCAUCCCAGAGGUGACAUUGUUCUUCCAUGGAAAACUGUACCGUGGCAACCGUGCCUUGAAGGUUGAUGCACGCAGAUUUGGUGCAUUUGACUCUCCAAACUGCCCUCCUUUGGCAACAGUAGAAGCUGGUAUUGAAGUUGAGUGGGAGGAGCUGUUUUAUGAAAAUCAAGCAAGGAAAUUUGAAAUACAUACCAAGAUGAGCUCCAGAAUAGGAGUGCUGAGAAUUUUCCCUGGAAUUACACAGGAAGCAGUACAUGCUUUUCUAGAGCCUCCAAUCGAGGGAGUCGUUCUCGAGACUUAUGGUAGUGGUAAUGGCCCUGAUUCACGAAAAGAACUCUUGGAGGAAAUACGAGCUGCGGCUAAACGCGGAGUGAUCAUUGUGAAUUGUACUCAGUGCUUGUACGGUCAUGUUGUGGAUUCGUAUGCAACAGGCAGGGUUUUGGUGGAAGCUGGUGUGAUUUCAGGAAAUGAUAUGACGGUCGAGGCAGCGCUAACAAAACUUUCCUAUGUACUUGGACAUGAUGAGCUCUCGAUAGAAGAGAAAAAAGAGGUGAUGAAAAAGAAUCUACGUGGAGAGUUGACACCGUACAAAGACGAAAAUAUGCAACAGUUUUCUUUGCGGGACAAUGAACUGAUCGAUGCAGUGGCUUCACAUUUCAAAGUCGGUUCAACCGAGGAAGUGAGGUUCAUCAAGCAAGCAUUAUUUCCAGUGUUAAUGUGUCACGCUGCAGGAAGGGGCGACAUUGAUGCUAUGGAAGACCUGCGUCAACAGGGUGGUUUAUUAAGCGCUGCUACAAGUCACGAUGGCCGCACUCCGAUUCAUGUAGCAUGCCUGGAGGGUCAGCUGCAAGUCAUUCGGUAUCUUCUGGAGAAAGGCGCCUCGCCGCACGUUUUCGAUAAUCACGGACAAACCCCUUUGCACGAUGCCAUUCGUAGUGAUAACGAGGAGGCCAUUUUACUUCUCAGGGAGUUUGGGGCUCAUUUAGGGCCCACCACUGUGAACACGGCCCUUGAAAUAUGCUCUCUUGCCGCUGAUGAUAAGGUGGAUAGAUUGCGGGCCUGGCACUUAGCUGGAGUUGAUUUUAAUGUUGGUGAUUACGACAGGAGAACGGCUUUACAUGUGGCUGUUUGUCGAAAUAAUGUGAACACGGUUAAAUUUUUGUUGGAGUGCGGCGUUGAUUUGAACUCGCGAGACCUUUACGGCUUUACACCGCUGAAAAACGCAGAGAUUUUUGAAAACAGAGAAAUGAUGGAACUACUCCAGUCGGCGGCAGAAAAGACAAAUGACGCAGUUGACCAGUAAAGAGGAGCUACAAAGCUCGUGUAACCUCAAUGCGACUAUUGAAGAAUUUUCAAUUCAGUGUUAAGAGGAAUCCGCACUUGUAGAGGCCAUUUCUGAAUAAUCUUUGGCCUCUUUUUCAAAACAAGGCCUGGUGGUCAACCGUUCGUGUGAAAAUGAGUUUAAUUCGGAUGUGAAUGAAAACCUAUGAUGUAUGAAAGUAUGAGCACCAGGACUCGCUCGGAAACAGAGGCCAAAAGUAAUUCGAUGAUUGAUCUAUGAGUCGCACCAGCUUCUCAACCAAUCAUAUCCAAUACUGAAUCAAACCGCGACUUAGUCACCCGCGUUUUCCCGCCACUGAGGCAGGUUACUUGUUAUGACCAGGGGUUCUCAUUGGCUCCUUGUUAUAUUUCCUUUGUUUUGAUUGGCCGUUGUGAUUGUUUGAUUCAAGUUCUGUGACGUUCAACCCGUUGAACAAUGGUUUGUUCAAUUUCAGAAGAGAAAAUCGCCUGAGAGAUCAUGUAAAACAACAGAUACGUGAAAUUGUAGCUGAGAUAUGAAGUUUCCGAAAUCGCGGAAGCUGGUAUUAUUUGAAACUUCAAGCAGCAAUUUAACGGUUAAUGGAAACAUCUUACCGUCUUCUUUCGAUUGUUUGGGUGUAAAGUGAAUUUUUAUUAAUAAUAUUGAAUAUAUUUUUAAAAUUUUUUCUGACAUGAAUUUAAAUGAAAAACACUGUUUGAAACUUCCAUGCUACAUUUGUUGGGGUAUUUUAUUUAUAUUGAACAUUGAUUUUCCGUUCUAAGAGUUAUCUAGUUAUCUAUUUAUAUUGAAUAUCGAUUUCUGUCCUUAGAGUUAUCUAGUUGUGAAGUUUCAACAGUUUUGUGUCUAUUGACGGUGAAAAGAAAUAGUUGUCCUAG